GCAACUGAAUUGCUCUCCGGCCUGGAUUAUCUUCACUCCAGGCAUGUCACGCAUCGUGACCUCAAACCAGCCAACAUCCUAGUACCAAGAUGCAAUCCGAUGCAUAUCAAAAAAACCGAUUUUGGUCUGGCAGUUGCACGGUCUCAACAACUCGAGACAAAUUGUGGCACAGCUCUCUACCUAGCUCCUGAGGUUUCCUCCCAGGCCUACUACACCAACAAGGUCGAUUUGUGGUUUCUCGGAGUGAUUGCUUUAGAGCUUGUUCUUGGG